CGGCGUCGAGGCAUCCAUGGCUGGUGUAAGCAGUGCUCCGCCAGUCCCAGAGGCCGGCGCUUUGCGUCGGCUCAAUGUGAAUGUGGGUGUCCUGGGGCACAUUGACAGCGGCAAGACUGCACUCGCGCGAGCCCUCAGCACUAUCGGUUCUACAGCUGCCUUCGACCGGGCCCCGCAGAGCCGAGCUCGGGGCAUCACCUUGGACUUGGGCUUCUCCUGCCUGUGCACCGAGCUACCUCCGCACUUGGGACCCGGGCCUGGGCAGCUCCAGCUAACCCUGGUGGAUUGCCCGGGACACGCCUCCCUUAUCCGCACCAUUAUUGGCGGUGCCCAAAUCAUUGACCUGAUGAUGCUUGUGAUAGAUGUAACAAAGGGGAUGCAGACUCAGUCAGCAGAGUGCUUGGUGAUUGGGCAGAUUGCUUGCCAGAAGAUGAUAGUAGUUUUGAACAAAGUAGACCUUCUUCCAGAGGGAAAGCGACAGGCUGCCAUUGAGAAAAUGACAAAGAAAAUGCAGAAGACCUUGGAAAACACCAAAUUCCAUGGAUGUCCUAUAGUUGCUGUUGCUGCAAAGCCUGGUGGACCUGAAGCCCCUGAAACUGUGACACCGAUAGGAGUUUCUGAGCUAAUUGAGGUCCUGAAGUCAGAGGCUUACCUACCAACAAGAGACCCCUCAGGAUCUUUCCUUAUGGCCAUUGACCACUGUUUCUCCAUUAAGGGUCAAGGCACUGUGAUGACAGGAACUAUUCUUUCAGGCUGUGUUAGCAUUGGGGACAAUGUGGAGAUUCCUGCCCUGAAGGUGACAAAGAAAGUCAAGUCGAUGCAGAUGUUCCAUACUCCAGUGACAUACGCCAUGCAGGGUGACAGGGUAGGCAUCUGUGUCACUCAGUUUGAUCCGAAGCUCUUGGAACGUGGUCUCAUUUGUACACCUGAAUCUCUCCAGACAAUUCAUGCAGCUAUCAUCUCUUUAAGCAAAAUCCCAUAUUUCCGAGGCGCUCUUCAGACCAAGGCAAAGUUUCACAUCACAGUUGGUCAUGAAACUGUUAUGGGAAGAGUGAUGUUCUUCAGCCCGGCUCCGGAUGAUUUCAGCAAAGAACCCCUGGAGAAUGGCUUUGAUUUUGGAAAAGAAUAUCUUUAUCAAGAGGAAUAUCUUUCCAAAGACUCAAAACCUUCAGAGGAAAACAAGGAGACUGCCCAGACUGGGGAAAGACAGCUCCCAAAACAACAAUGGGCCCUACUGGAGUUUGAAAAACCAGUUACCUGCCCUAAGUUGUGUCUUGUGAUUGGUUCAAAGCUGGAUACGGAUAUUCAUGCAAACACUUGCAGAUUAGCAUUUCAUGGGAUACUGCUAGAAGGGAUAGAAGACAAAAAUUAUAUAGAAACUUGUCUUCCAAAGCUCAAAGUUUACAAGCUGAAACAUAAGGACGGACAAGUGGAACGGCUCUGUGAUGAUUACAGUGUGAUUGGUCGUUCAUUGUUUAAAAAAGAGACCAAUAUACAACUUUUUGUGGGUCUGAAGGUCAAGCUGUCUACGGGAGAGGAAGGAGUAAUAGAAGGUGGCUUUGGGCAGAGUGGGAAAUUUAAAAUCCACAUUUCAGAUGGGGUGAGGCCAGAAACAAAGGCACUUCUGACUGCCACCUCCAAGAAGAAGCCCAAGGCAGGGGAGGGGGAUCCAGCAAAAGAGGAUGAAAGUAACAAAGUUGACUCAGUCCAGCCUGUUCAUAUCACUCUUCUCUUUAAAAGAUACAUUUUUGAUGCACAGAAGAAAAUGAUUCAGUCCUGAGAAAACUCAGGAGUGUCCUCUUAAAGGCAGUUCCUUGGAUUUUGGAAGGUUUCGUCUUGGUAAUACACAAGACAAUUCCCAUGGACCGAAGACUGAAGCCCCAUCAUUGCUGCUGUCCUCAACUGGCUUAUAUUUUGAUUUUGCCAUUCCAGUCCACUGCCUGUAGGUUGAAGCCACCCGUUGAAAUUGUUUUGCUGUUUUCAUAGAUCAUAUUUCUUGACUUGAUUUUUUUCAUUUAGUUCAUGAUAGAAAAUCAAACAAAAAAGUGAAAUUUCAUUUAAUGGGAAGGCAAAAUGUUACCACAAUGUAUACUGAAAGUAAAUUAUUUUGCGUUUAGUAAUCCAGAUGUGUUGUUUUUAUGGCAGGGAUUACUUUGUAAAUGAGAUUUAUAUCUUGAAUACUGUUUAUAACUGGCUUCAGUGUCAGAACAACAUCCUCAGGGAUGUAUGUAAUUUCAUGGUAGAAAUUGUUAACCUUUCUUGUUUCAAGAACUGCUUUUGUAUAAUACGUUUAUGCAAACUUUUGGAAUCUGUUUUCCUCUGAAAAAGCUGAGAAAAUAAGCAAUUCUGAGCUAGUGUUAUAAGUAGUCCUGUUGAAGAUUAAUGCCACUAAGUAUCUCUUACCAAAGUGUCAUAUUAUGAAAACUAAACCAAAAGAUUACUUCAGAUUAACAUACUUCAGAUCAGCAUGUUAGUUACAAUGACAGUGAUGAGAACCAAGAAUAGAAACAUACAGAAAUUUCAGACAUAAAUUGGGGUUCUCAUGUCAAUACACUAUCAAUAUAGUAGCCAUGAGAAAAUCAAGCUAAUUUCUUAGGCCAGUUUUGUUCAGAGCCAAUUCUGUUUCAAACCAUGUAAAGCAUCAUUUCCCAGCUGAGAUUUUACAAGAGCAUUGUGGGUGGAAAUUGUUAUGCUGGUUAUUUUGUAGUUGGGAUGGAAUAAUGGCUUAAAGGUACUGAGCUUCAAGACUGCGGUGGUAGAAGGCAGUUGGGCAACAGACAGCACCAUUGCGGGGGGUGGGGGGGUGUUCUUCCAGUGAAACAUGGAGUGACUAUUGAUGUACAGCAACAAAUCAAUCGGCAUCCCUUGAGGCAAAAAGGGCACAGUGUCUUUGAUAUAGUGAAUGUCUGCCAUUUUAUCAUUUCUAAUUAAGUUUACUCAUCAGGAAAUGCAUUUACAUUACCCACUCUGGUCAUGUUUUAUCACUGAUUUUCUUAUUUUCCAACUUUUUCUUUUCUUUUCUCAAUCAUAGUUUCUGAAAAAAUUAAGUAUGGCUUAACUUAAAAUCAUAUGUGAUUUUUAUGAAAAAUCAUAUGUGGUUUUUAAAAAAUGGCUUUUGGCAAUAAUGGAGAGAGGGAAGGGAAUAAUAGCCACAAAGGCAUUUCUUGCUAAGUCGCCUUGCAUCUUCAGGAAUUUGGUACUUAACCUUGUUUGGACAGUGUUCCUUUAAAUCAAAAUGGAAAAAAGUGCUGUGUGGAUUGAUCUCAAGCAGUUUCUGCUGAGUGAGUCCCCGCCAAAGCUUUAGCACGUCCCUGAAGAUUAUGGGGUAUGCUUUCAGCAUAAUCCGUGAGGAAUUAGAUGGGUGAAUUCAGCUUUAACUUAGUCUGACUUGUGCUACCAGGCCCACUGGAAAAAAAUAUUAUCUUUGUAGGGGGGGGGAUGCACUUUCAUAGUAAUAUUUGUUCUAUGUUGCUGUGUAUGGAUCUCUCUUUUGUCACACAGAUGAAAAGAAUAUGUACCAUAUGAGACUUUUGCAGUCAAGGCUCUUUUUAUUUUCUGUUCUUUUGAACAUUAAAAAUAGUACUUGGUGGUUAUAUUAUGUUUCCUUUUUUAAAAAAAAAUUAUUGGGUGAGUAAAAAUUAAUAUUACAAAUUUUCAAUUAAAACCCUCACUUCCCUGUUCUCCCACCCUUUUCCCUCCCCCCGUAAUCUAAGACUUCCAACAGUUUUCCAACCCACUGUCUGAAUCUACUACUUAUAUCCCCUUUUCUAUUCUUAACUGUCUUAACACACUAGUAAAAUAGAUAAUAUAUAUUAGAUUAAACAAAACCUAACAUCAAACUAUCAGUUACAUUAUGUUUCUAACUUAUCUCCUCUCUUCUCUUGUAAAGAUCAGU